AUGAAUAUACUAAAAGAUACAACUAUACAACAUAGUCUAGAUGUAUUAUAUUCAACUUAUCAUUCGUUGUUCAAUGAUUUAGGUAUCACUGCAACCGCUACCAACACAAAUGUACCAUAUAUACCAUCUACACCAUCAUCGUCAGAUUCACAACCAUCAUCAACAACAAUAACAUCGAAUAUAGAUCAACAAUUUAAACCGAAUCUAUUUCAUCCAUAUUCACCAGGAAAUAUUGAUGAAAGAUGUAAUACACUUCAAAGAUUAUUGGAAACAAUGAAAUUGACAUUUGCUCAAUACCGACAGUGGGAAGGUGAUAAAGAUCUACAGAAAUUACUUACCAAUCAAAGACAAUAUGUCAGUACGAAUUUAAAGCUGAAACAAAUGUUAAAGACCAAUGCAGAUUGUACAUUGCUCGGUAAGAUUCAUUUGGAGUCGAUCUCGAAGGAUAGCUAUCGUCGUCUCGGUUUGUUGAUAUGUCGGUUGAGUGAAACGAUGACCGAUCUCGAUAAUCGCUACGGCAGUUACUCUGAUCUCCAUGAGUUGACUGCACUUGCCAAGACCGAUCCAGCGGAGAUCUCACCGGAUCAGGUCUACAGUUGCAAUAUCUCCUCUUCGACAUUCCUGCUGGAUAUCUUUAUCAAUGGCGAUGGCACCGUCAAAGAGGUGAAGCUGGUACACAUCUCAAUGGCAACCGGUGAGGAUAAAGAAACCGAUGAAUCGAUCAACAACGAGUUGACAACGGCACUGCGCAACAACAUCAAAGAGUUUGAUGCGAAAAUCCGAAGAAUCUGUCAACAGGAUCUACUCUUUAGAAAGUUCCAACACGUCAAUCUACAACAAGCACUACAGGUACUACAAGAUGAUUUCCUCAGCAUCGGAAAGAAACAUCAAGAACAACAACAACAACAAGCUAUUGAUAUUGGCGAUGAAUUGGAGUUGUUCAAUAGUGGUUAUGGAAAGAUAUCUUUGGAUAUUUGUGGUGUUAAAUCGGUUUACUAUACAACUUUACAACAACGUUUGUCACAUGAAGGACAGUAUUCACUGACGCUUGAUAUCGAAGAGGGAAGUAGAACUUCAAUGUAUCAACUUACACUCACCAGUCAGUUGUCAGAGGAUGGACUGUCGUUCAUUCCACAUCAACAACAACAACAGCAAAUACAAAACGAGCAACAAGAUGUCAAUAGCUUAAUCAAUUCCAAUGUUAGAUUGGUGGUAAAGUUGGAUCCACCUAUCAACAUUACCAUCGGUACAAUGACAGAGUUGCUACAGUGUGUCGGUGUAAAGAGUAAUCCAACUGCCUCCAGCUCAACCAAUCCCAAUGCAAUGUUAGAGAAUCAAUUGGUUGUUUCAAAUUGCAGCAAUGGAAAGAACAGCAGCAGCAGCAGCAACACUCAAAAUAACAAUAACAACAACAAUAGCAAUACUUUAGAGCAAAACGAUAUAACAGUACUGGGUGAUAGACAACGUUAUUUCUAUACUGGUGGUGAAUAUCAUCCUGGCAUUGAAGUAUCUAGAAUACCGAUUGAGCAUUGCAGUCAACUACUACCAGUACUUCAAAUCCUAAGACAACAGAUUGUCUUUAACCUUUUAUUUAAGAGUUGUUUUACAGCUUGUCCUUUUACAAACAAACCAACAUCAACAACUAAUAGUUCAUCUGAAGUUGAUUCAGAUUCAAUGAAUAUUGAACAACAACAAAAACAAUCACCAUCUUCAUCACCAUUACCAUCAUUAACAACAACAACAACGACAACAACAAUUUCAUCAAAUCAAGAUAUACCAGUAUUCGAAGUAAUGGUACAACCACCAUUUUCAAUUAGUAUUACAUUCCUUCAACCAAACAAAAUAGAUUUCAACUCUGUUGAUAUUCAGAUUGGACCUGGAGGUUACAUAACUGCAACCAUCGAUAACCCAACAGAUGACCAGCCACUCUGUUCAAAUGAAUAUCUAACACAACUAUUGAAUGCAUCUAAAUCCAUUCCAAUAACAUUUUCAUAUCUAUUUAAAUCAUCAACAACAACAACAAAUGAAGAAUCAAUGUCAAUAUAA